AUGCAUCCGACUACAAUUGACAAGGAAGUUGUUGUCGCGACGAUCUUCAACUCGAAUUCAAACUCAGCAAAUGCGCUGGACGUAACUUUUACACCCAAGGAUGUUUAUCGCAGGCUGAUUGAAACACAGUUUAGGUCCUUUCUAUAUUUGUCGUGGAGAUCUGGAACGUCAAAAUUUGAUGAACUAGAUAAAAAAUUCAAGAAUAGUUACUUUGCGGAAGAAUCAUCUAUACAGCUAGGAGACAUUGAAGGUGGAGAUAUUUUGUUAGAUUUUAUAUUGAGUGAAGCGUCGCAAUCAUCGGGAUCAUCGAGAAGCGAGAAUACACAACACACCUGCCAUCUGCGUUUAUACAAACUUUACCAUUUAAUUCAACAUCUGGAAAAUGAUCACGGACGCAAACAACGACAAUUUGAUGGUGAAGUUUUUCAUUUUAUCCUCAAUAUAAUUUAUGCAGUCAGACGAUCUUACUCAUUAUUCCGGGAUCAGGAUAACGGUCUUGAUGCCAAACUAGCCGAUGUAGCUGGCAAAAGUGAUUAUAGGAAGAACGUCGGCAAUGGGAAGGAACUAAAAGAAUUUAAGAAGUAG